AUGUGUCGAACAAUCAAGGUCUUUCCAAUUCUAGGCCCAAAAUAUAAUAGUACAUAUCUUAUGCAAGUUAUUAAAGAAAAAAUGGGAGAAACUCGUUUGAAUGAAACUUUGACAGAAGUUGUCCUCUCAACCUUUGACAUCAAAACAAAUAAGCCAGUAAUAUUCACUAAGUCAAGUUUAGCAGAGUCUCCAGAAUUGAACGCUAAGAUGUAUGACAUAUGUUAUUCCACAGCAGCAGCUCCAACAUAUUUUGCUCCACAUUACUUUGCUACUACUACUAGUAAUGGAGAUCCAUAUGAGUUCAAUCUCGUUGAUGGUGGUGUUGCUACUGUUGGUGAUCCGGCGUUAUUAUCAGUUAGCGUUGCAAUGGAACAUGCAGAAAAUGAGGAUCCAGCAUUUGCUUCAAUUAAGUCAAUGAAUUACAAAAAAAUGUUGUUGCUCUCAUUAGGCACUGGCACUACUUCAGAUUUUCGUGAAACAUAUACAGCAGCAGAGGCAGCUAGAUGGGGUCCUUAUAAAUGGAUGUCAGUUAUACAAAAUAUGACUAAUGCAGGAAGUACUUACAUGACUGAUUAUUACCUUUCUACUGCUUUUAAAGCUCUUGGUUCACAAGACAAUUACCUCAGGGUUCAAGAAACUGCACUAACAGGUUCAACUACUACAUGGGAUAAUGCUACUCUGGCUAAUAUGCAAUUAUUAAAACAAGUUGGUGAAAACUUAUUGAACAAACAAGUUUCCAAAGACAAUCCUGAAGAAACCUAUGCGGACGCUCUGAUAGGGUUUCCAACAAUGCUCUCUAUCAGGAAGAAACUCCGAGCAAACAAAGCGUCUUAUUAA